CAGUGCAUCGCUUCCACGGCAUGGUCGUAGGGCGCAGGCAGCCGAUUUUCACUGUAGUCGACUGGUACGACCAUUGCGUCCGUUUGGAUCGCAAUUUCAGUGCAGAAAUCAUGGGGAAAACACUCGUGGGAUGCGUCGCACAUGAUUUUUUACUUUGUGGAGUAACGAAGGAAAGGAAAAGUCUCACGGGUUCGUAUGGAAGGCUCGCAGCUAGGGUACUAGCCACCGAUGUUCCAGUCAUGGUUAAGUUAGCAGAGUUGAGUAAGAGUGCUAAGGAUGCAGUGCCUCUGGGCCAGGGGGCAAUUUAUUGGCAACCACCUGAGCAAGCUCUUGAUAUGGUCAAACACAUAGCAUUGGAAAUUUCAACUAGUCGAUGUGGAACUCAUGAAGGUCUUCCUGAACUCAGAGAGGCUUUACUACAUAAGGGAUUUCUAAAUCUUGUGCUUUCACUAUGCGACGUUGCAGACUCUGUUGUACUGCUUGCACCGUACUUCUUCAAUGCAUAUAUGUCCUUCAAGAUGACAAGCAUCAAUAAUAUACUGGUGGGUUCCAGUGAUCCCACGACACUUUUCCCUGAUGCAGUUUUGAUGAAAUGAGCUGAUAUUACUUAUUGUCAUGCUGUUUGUUCAGCACCCUGUCCGUCCUCUACUCCCCUCUCCCUAUCUCACUUUACCAGCUCAUGAGUUUAGAAUUUCUUGGAGUUCUCAUGUCUUUAGAUUGCUAAGAGACUGGGGGUGUUUUAAAAUGGAAGUAAAAUCUCUGAAUGUAAGAAGAACAUUGGACUUCCAUUGACAAUAUUAUAAACACAUGAGAUUCAAUAAGCGGACAUGGAUCAUAAGUUUGCAGAGAAA